UACGCCACCCAAAUGUAAAAAAAAACAAACAAUCUUUAUUUCAAGAAUUUUAGGAGGAAAAAUGGAUUUACCAGCUGCAAUUUCCAAUGCAUCCGAUAGUAAUGAAUACCCCGGUGCCACUCCUGCUUUUGAUAUGGCUCAAGAUAGUAACAAAAGACGGAGCUCUUCAAGAUCAAUUAAACGUAGGCGUUUUGAUGAUGAACUAGUAGAAUAUAGUUUGGGACUUCCAGGCGCUUCUUUAGGCAAAGGUGACAAAAGAAUACGUACACAAUCAAACACAAGUCAAUUAGCGGAAGUUCCUGGUGUGUCAAAUACAGCCGUAACUCCUGUGCAACCAGCUCAGGAUCGCAGAAGGGCGUCAAGUAAAGUUACAGGAGGUGGUGGUGGCCUUAUUGGUCGUAAAUCUCGUCGUAAAGGGCAAUUGAGUCAGUUGUCUACUAAAGAUUUAGGACGAUGGAAACCAACAGAUGACUUGGCACUUAUAUUAGGAGUUCAACAGACAAAUGACUUGCGCAUUGUUCACCGCGGUGUGAAGUUUUCAUGUCGUUUCACUGUGGGAGAGCUGCAAUCACGGUGGUACGCACUGUUGUAUAAUGCAGAGAUAUCAAGAGUUGCUAUAGCUGCAAUGCGUAACUUGCAUCCGGAUCUUGUUGCCUCUGUGCAGCAGCAAGCCUUGUAUUCCACAGCAGAGGAAGAUUUACUUGGGACAAUAGCUAGUAACUCGCACCCUACAUCUGAGAAGUUCCAAGAACUAUUAGAACAAAAUCCACAUGUGUUCUAUCCGUCUCGCACUGCAAAGUCUUUAAUGGCUCACUGGCAACUUCUCAAGCAAUACCAGCUGCUGCCUGACCAAACUGUGCAGCCGUUGCCUAAAAAUCAAAACGACAAUGUGGUAACAUUUUCUGAUGCAGAAGAAACUAUCAAUGAUUCAGAAUUGCAAGAUUUUAAGGAAGAUGGCAUCGAUGUUGAAAUGCAAUUAGCAGACAGAAUAGAGAAGAAAGAUAUAAGGUUACUGGAAAACUCACUGUCCCGCUGGCAAGUGCUGGUGCAGUCGGUGGCCGGUGGCAAUGUUGAGCUGGACAAGAACACGCUGGCGGUGCUCCGCGGCCGCCUCGUGCGAUACCUCAUGCGCUCCAGAGAAAUUGCGGUCGGUCGCAGCACAAGAGAUCACACUAUCGAUGUCGACCUGACGCUGGAGGGGCCUGCAGCUAAGGUGUCGAGGAAACAGGCCACCAUACGUCUCCGCAACAGUGGUGACUUCUUUAUGUCGUCAGAAGGCAAGCGGCCGAUAUUUGUCGACGGCCGCCCCGUACUUCAAGGCAACAAAGUUAAAUUGAAUCAUAACAGCGUGAUAGAGAUCGCCGGUCUUCGAUUCGUGUUCCUCGUCAACCAGGACCUGAUCAGUGCAAUAAGACAAGAGGCGGUCAAAGUAAACAUACCUGUAUAACUCAAUAAACCAAUUGAAUAAA